AUGGGUGCGACCCUUGAGCGCCAGCGUGACUAUGUGUUCACUCCACCCAGUGUGGAGGAACGUCUACGUCAAGCGGCCGGCCAAACAUUGGCAACGUGGGUCAUUGGCCAUGGGCCUAAGUCUCCUGAGGAGGUGGUGAGCUGCCAGGCACGUCGGAAGAGGUACCUGGAGCCGCAUUUAACGACUCAAAGUCAAUACAAGUCACGCCUUGACAUGCAAGCACGUGGUGCACCGGUUCCACCGAUCAAGGGUAUACCCACUCUCUUGCUCGCAGGCGAAAAAGUGAGCGAAGAAGACGAUGCCUUCGUUCGCUGGGUGCACCAUGUACGUCGCCUCAGCAAAAUGUUUGCCCUAAGGGCUGGUGCCCAUGCGGCUGAUGUGCGUCUCGAACGAAAGCUUCGGUAUGAUUAUGCUAAGCUUAGGGCCAGAGGCCAAUUGCACAAGCGCACGCACAAUGAUUCGGCUACUAAGGCCGCGAGUGCUGGUCAGUCUGUGACCAACAACCCGCCAACCCGCACCACUAGUGGUGGGGAACGGCCUCGGUCUCGAGAUGACCAUGGCCGCGAUGCUCAAAAGCAUCCAAAGCAUAAGAGCAGUCUUGCCGAAGGGGUAUCUCAAACUCCCAUGAGUUUUCAGACUCAGGGUACCCUCGCCACUUUACCAGAUAUUAGCAUUGGCCUUGACGACGACGUCGUUUCAGUAGUCUCUCGACAUGAAACUGACGACACCCAUGCUCAUCGAGCAAAGUUGGUGGCGGCCGGUGUAUCGGUGGAGGCCCACGAGAAAUAA